GGCGGAGGAAGUGAGAUCAGAGGCCCCAUGUGAGCGGAUUGCAACACAUGCAGCUGCCUGGAGAGAGGGAGCCGGUGUCCUACGUCAGAGCCGCCGCCGCCGCGGAGCCGCCGCCGGGGAGGAGCAGCCGCUACCGCCCAGCACUGGGCCCCUAGGGAGGAGGAGGCGAGAAGAUGGCGGACGACCCCAGUGCUGCCGAUAGGAACGUGGAGAUCUGGAAGAUCAAGAAGCUCAUUAAGAGCUUGGAGGCGGCCCGCGGCAAUGGCACGAGCAUGAUAUCGCUGAUCAUUCCUCCCAAAGACCAGAUUUCACGAGUGGCAAAGAUGUUAGCAGACGAAUUUGGAACUGCUUCUAACAUUAAGUCACGAGUAAACCGCCUUUCAGUCCUGGGAGCCAUCACAUCUGUACAACAGAGACUCAAACUUUAUAACAAAGUACCUCCAAAUGGUCUGGUUGUUUACUGUGGAACGAUUGUAACAGAAGAAGGAAAGGAAAAGAAAGUCAACAUUGACUUUGAACCUUUCAAACCUAUUAAUACAUCAUUGUAUUUGUGUGACAACAAGUUUCAUACAGAGGCUCUUACAGCAUUACUUUCAGAUGACAGCAAGUUUGGUUUUAUUGUAAUAGACGGCAGUGGUGCUCUUUUUGGCACGCUCCAGGGAAACACCAGAGAAGUCCUGCACAAAUUCACUGUGGAUCUCCCAAAGAAACACGGCAGAGGAGGUCAAUCAGCCUUGCGUUUUGCCCGUUUAAGAAUGGAAAAGCGACAUAACUAUGUUCGAAAAGUAGCAGAGACUGCUGUGCAGCUGUUUAUUUCUGGAGACAAAGUAAAUGUGGCUGGUCUGGUUUUAGCUGGAUCAGCUGACUUUAAAACUGAACUAAGUCAGUCUGACAUGUUUGAUCAGAGGUUGCAAUCGAAAGUUUUAAAAUUAGUUGAUAUAUCCUAUGGUGGUGAAAAUGGAUUCAACCAAGCCAUUGAAUUAUCUACUGAAGUUCUCUCCAACGUGAAGUUCAUCCAAGAGAAGAAAUUAAUAGGGCGAUACUUUGAUGAAAUUAGCCAGGACACAGGCAAGUACUGUUUUGGAGUUGAAGAUACACUAAAGGCUUUGGAAAUGGGAGCUGUAGAGAUUUUAAUAGUCUAUGAAAAUCUGGAUAUAAUGAGAUACGUUCUUCAUUGCCAAGGCACAGAAGAGGAGAAAAUUCUCUAUUUAACUCCAGAACAAGAGAAGGAUAAGUCUCACUUCACAGACAAAGAGACUGGACAAGAACAUGAAUUGAUUGAGAGCAUGCCCCUUUUGGAAUGGUUUGCUAACAACUAUAAAAAAUUUGGAGCUACACUAGAAAUUGUCACAGAUAAGUCACAAGAAGGAUCACAGUUUGUAAAAGGAUUUGGUGGAAUUGGAGGUAUCUUGCGGUACCGAGUAGAUUUCCAGGGAAUGGAAUACCAAGGAGGAGACGAUGAAUUUUUUGACCUUGAUGACUACUAGGUAGUCGACAUGGGUCCGGCAAAAUGUGCCUCACCCUCCAGCAUUCAACCCAAGGAGCAUACCCGUGGUGGAAUCCAAACAGAUCCCUGCCUUACAAUUGGAACAUUUCCAGAACUUAAUCCGUGAGCAUUGGAUACUGAAAAGAAAGCGAAACAAAACCAGACCCAACCCUACACUUUGUCAUGGAGUCAGCGCAGCAGCCACAACUAAGUCCUAAAUGCCACUGGACUAAUUUAAAAAAGAACCCCAGUUUUUACUUUUACUUGAUGGUAAAAUUGGUUGCUCUUGUAUUUUAUGAAAAAAAAUGAUUUUUUUAACCUUCAUACAUAGAAGCAAAAAUACUUUAACUGCUGUAAACCUUCAAAAGUUAGUAGAAGUGAGAUCAUACUGGUUUGUUUCUUAUUUUGAUCAGAGAAUAACUAAAUUGCUGCAUUUCGCAGUGACCCAUUUACAUGGCAUUCUCAGCUUAGACUGCACAAGAAGAAAUAUAUGUGGUGAAAUAUUGGAACUGUUUCUCUCUUGGUCUCUGUUUAAUGUUGAAAGGGUGAGCUAAUAGGAGGCAAUUUCAGCUUCACUCCCGCACACUUCCCACUCCCAGACUGUCUGUUUCAAAGGUGCAGAUUGUGUUGCAAAGUCAGACUGAGUGCUGAAACAUUGGGGCCAGCGCAUUCUUGGCUUCCAUCUUUUUGGAGGCACAUUUGUGCCAAGGAUUUGGGAGCCCUUAGUGUCACUAACAUUAAUGAAGCUCCUCCCUUUUGUCUCAGCUUAGUAGGAACCAGUGUGGGAUGGACAUGAUGGGGCUUCUGUGCUAUUGCUGGGAUUGGGAGAAAUAAAACAUGCAAUUUAAGUGGAACCAAAAAAAAA